CCUCGCCGUCCUUAUACCCGUGCAUUACCGCAACCGCAAACAUAACAUACACGCUACUGCUUAUAUACAUGUAUAUACAAAUCCUGUAGCUGUAGAAGCCACUUCAACAUUCUGCCUCUCUCUCAGUAUUCGUUUUCCUGUGAUAUUCCAGAAUGACUUCUCCCCCACCCCUCGCAGGGAUCAAAGUCCUAGAAUUCGCCGGCCUCGCCCCGGGCCCCUUUGCAGGCCUCCUCCUCGCCGACUAUGGCGCGUCCGUCCUGCGCAUCGACCGUUCUCCCGCCCCGACCGGCGACCAACUGACACGCCAUAAAUCUUCCAUCUGCAUAAACCUCAAAUCGCCCUCCGGCACCGCACUCCUCAAGGCCCUCAUCCCACACGUUGAUGUUGUGAUAGACCCCUUUCGCCCCGGCGUGCUCGAAAAACUGGGUCUCGGCCCCGAAGACGUGCUAUGCAAGCUGAACCCACGUCUGAUUGUCGCGCGCAUGACAGGCUUCCGCCGCGACGGGAAGUACAAGGAUAUGGCGGGUCAUGACAUCAACUACAUUGCCGUCUCGGGCGUGCUUAGUAUGCUGGGGCGCAAGGGUGAGAAGCCGCUGCCGCCAGGGAACCUGCUCGGUGAUUUUGCGGGCGGUGGGGCGAUGUGCUUUAUGGGGAUUUUGCUGGCGUUGAUUGAGCGGGAGAGGGGUGGGAGGGGCCAGGUUGUGGAGGCAAAUAUGGUCGAUGGGAGUGCGGUGCUGAAUAGUAUGCCGCGGUUUAAUCUCAAGACGCCGAUGUGGGGGGACGAACGGGGGACGAACGUUUUAGAUGGCGGGUGUCCAUAUUACGAUACGUAUGAGACGCUCGAUGGGAAAUUUAUGGCGGUAGGUUGUUUAGAGCCGCAGUUUUUCGCAGCGUUCUUGAAGGGUUUGGGGAUUAAGAGGGAGGAUCUGCCAGGGCCACGGGAAGACAAAAAGACGUGGCCGUACUUGAAGAGAUUAUUUACAGGCACAUUUAUGACAAAGACGCGUGCGCAAUGGGAGCGGAUAUUUGAUGGCACAGACGCGUGCUGUACUCCAGUCUUCACACACUCAGAGUUAGAAGAGCGAGGCUACGACCAUAGGCCAGCAGUGACGCUCAAAAGUACCCCCGGUUUUGCCAUACAGCAAGGGCCAGAGGGUCGCCCUGCUGCUGUAGGCCAAGGGAAAGGUGUGAAGGGAAACGGAUGGACCAGUGGAGGACUCAUGCCUGGGACAGGAGGCGAAGGGUUGUUGAAGUCUUGGAUAGGGUGGCAGAAGGGAAUGCAAUACAAAGAAGUGGAAGGGGCAUUGGAGUUGGCUGAUAACAAAGCUAAGUUAUAAGUGACAUGUAAAAGAAACAUACCAGGGCUCUAAUGUAAAUACCGCUAGCACGUGUCGAUACAUGUGCUAAAAAUACAAAUAUGUGAGACGAGUGCUUCGAGGUUAAAACGUACAGUCCUCAAAUUGCAUUCUU